AUGAGCAAAGACAGGCAGACCAGACAGGUGCCGGACUGCGCAGGGCCCCUCCCCGCCUCCAAGGCCCUAAAGCCGGCGAGGAUGCCUAAAUGCAGUCGGUGUAGAAACCAUGGAUUCGUAUCGCCUCUGAAGGGACACAAACGAUUCUGUAAUUGGAGAGACUGUCAAUGCGCCAAAUGCAAGCUGAUUGCGGAGCGCCAACGCGUCAUGGCUGCGCAGGUGGCUCUAAGGAGGCAGCAGGCGCAGGAGGAGGAGCUGGGGAUCUGCAGUCCGGUGACGCUGCCCGGUCCUGAUGUGAUGGUGAAAAACGAGAACGCCGCAGACUGUCUGUUCGCUGUGGAGGAUCGGUCGCCUUCUCCCAGUGUCUCUGUGUCCGCGGCUGUGACAGGGAGCCGCUCCAUGGCCUCCUCCCCCGGCCCCUCUCCCAGUGCCAGGCCUCAGUCUGACGGGACGUCCGACCUGCUGCUGGAGACCUCCUACUAUCCCCUGUACCAGCCCACACGCUACGCUCCCUACUACGGAAACUUCUACAACUACCAGCAAUACCAGCAGAUGCCUCAUGGUGACAGCCGUCUCUCCAGCCACAAUCGGGUGCACUCCUACUACCCGCCUGCCACUUACCUGACCCAGGGCCUGGGCUCCUCGGGGUACGUGCCCUCCAUCUUCACCGUGGAGGAGCACAGUGGCAACAACGGCAGCAGCUGCACCGAGACCAUGACCACCUUCUCCAGCUCCGCAGUGAGUGGCCACGAGUCGUCCAUGACCUGCCCCUCCAUCAGCUCCCUGGUCUCCUCCGAUGUAAAGGCCGAGUGCGAGAGCGCCGACGUGGCCAACUUCAGCGUCAGCUCCAUCAUGGACGACAAAUGA